AUGACGACUAAUUUCAGCCUGACCAAUCAUACCCUGAUGGUUGCAAGUGUAGAUAACAACUCUGGGUGGAAUGACACUGACAUUUAUGCGUACAUCGAACAAAGGAUUUUCUCCGUCUUUCUUAUUUUCGUCAGCACUUUUGGAUUUCUGGGGAACGGCUUUGUCAUCUGGCUUUUGGGCUUCCGCAUGAAGAGGAAUCCUUUCACCAUCUACAUCCUCAACUUGGCUGUGGCUGAUAUUGGAGUCCUCAUAUCCAUGGCGAUGUUUUUCGCCGUGGGACAUCUCCUUUCAACGUCCAUCUGUGAGGAGCUCAUCAUAUUCACAUACAGCGCCGGCCAGUUCCUCCUAACCGUCAUCAGCAUUGACAGGUGCAUAUGCGUCCUCUUCCCAUUUUGGCAUCAGCUCCACCGACCGGCUCACUUGUCUGCCACGGCGUGUGCCGUCAUCUGGGUCCUCUCCUUCCUGCUCAGCGCCAUUCACUUCAUACUCCUCCAGACUGGAAACCCGGGGAAAAAGAACCACCUCAUGUUCUUCCAGUUUUUUGUCAAUGUCCUGCUUUGUGUCCCGUUCAUGAUCAUCUCCGCUCUGACCCUCUUCGUCAAGAUGUUUCUAAAGCCACAACAGCGCCGGCGAGGAAGGCUUUUAACGGCCAUCUUUGCUACUCUUCUCUUUUUCAUCGUCUUUGCUUUCCCGCUGAAUGCCAUUUACUUGCUCUCCAGGUUGACCCAAAAUGCUGAUUCCACUACCAUGCGGUAUGGAUUGCUAUGCGCCUCGCUCAACAGCAGUGUGAACCCGCUGAUUUAUUUCCUUGUUGGGAGAAAGAAGAAG